CUAUUCCUCAGAGAUAUAUAAGCAGAAGAGAGCAGAAGAGACAUUAACAGUCUAUCCUAAAGCAAGUCGUAGAGAAAAUAAUCCAUCUUUUUAAAGAAAAUCGAAGGCAUACAACUACACAUUCCUUUUUUUGUAAGCACUCAUCAAUGGCGGCCAUGGCGUCAAUGAUGAUGAAAGCGCCCUCAGCCCUUAACUGCGGGGCACUCCAAAGGAUUAGUGUGGGUAAUAUCAGUAGAUUGCCUCACAGCAGCCUCAUAAUCAAGUGCAUGGCAAAGGAUCCACAGGAAACGUCCCCUACUGAAGGUGUUUCAUCUUCAACCUCUUCAAAGAUGAGCACGAGGUUUGGCGACCUAUUUGCGUUCUCUGGGCCCGCACCCGAGAUCAUCAACGGAAGGGCGGCCAUGUUGGGCUUCGCGUCAGCCAUUGCAGUGGAGGUGUCAAGCGGAAGAGAUUUGUUUUCCCAGGUGAAUAAUGGAGGACUGUCUUGGUUUCUCAUAACUGCAGGAUUAUUGACGACAGCGUCGGUGGUGCCUUUGUUUAAGGGAAUAUCGACAGAGAGCAAGUCACAGCCUUUUUUUUCAUCCACGGCAGAAAUGUGGAAUGGGCGCUUUGCUAUGCUUGGCCUGAUCGCAUUAGCCUUCACCGAGUACGUCAAGGGUGGACCACUUGUGUAAACACCAUGAUAGUUCUUCAUAAUCAAACAUAGGCUCCAAUUUUGAAAGCUCUCAAACGGCAUUCCGUGCUCUAGUAGAGUUUUCAUGUACUGUUUAGCAUGUCGUACAGCUCAAUUAUACAUAUAAACUUAUUAAAAUUUGAGCCAUACAUUAUAAAGAAAUUUUAGUUCAAAUGU